AUGGAACACAUUCUUCGACAAAGGAGGAUAAGCGUACCCAAACGGUUAUAUGUUUAUUUGACGUCAUUUCCUUUGUUCAGGACGAGUCAGUUGGUUGCGUUGGUCGCCGUAUCCUGUACCCUGUUCCUGUUUCUUCACACUAGGGAUCUGAACACCAAGCUGAGGAAUAUGGAGCGUCUGAAUGACGUCACAUCCUUCAACCACCUCACUGACAAGAUUCAGACCGAUCGUUUCGAACACGCUUACGCAUCAGCUCAAGAAUACAAAGAAGCCUUGGAGGCUAUACGGAGAAACACAGGAGCGGAACGUAGUAGACCGCAGCGUACUUUAGAAGAGACGAAUAGAUCGGACGAAGACCUGGAUGUACCAGAAGAAGUGAUACCAGAAGCCUGGGAACUGAAUAAUACGGCGAAAGCUGAUAUAGAACUGUUAUUCUUUAAUAGAGUGCCAAAAGUCGGCAGUCAGACAUUCAUGGAACUAUUAAGAAGACUCGCUAUAAAGAAUCAGUUUGGUUUCCACCGUGAUUCUGUUCAGCGUGUUGAGACUAUUCGCCUAGCUCCUGCUAACCAGCAAGUCCUAGCAAGUGUAGUGACGUCACACGCUCCGCCUGCCUCCUACAUUAAACACGUCUGCUAUACUAACUUUACCAGAUUCGGUUAUCCAUCUCCGAUAUACGUGAACGUAGUCCGUGAUCCCGUAGAACGCGUCAUAUCAUGGUACUACUACGUGCGCGCCCCCUGGUACUACGUGGAAAGGAAACAAGCCUUCCCUGAUCUUCCACUGCCGGAUCCAGCCUGGUUAAAGAAGGAUUUUGAGACGUGCGUGUUAAGCGGCGAUCGAGAGUGUCGUUAUUUGGAAGGAGAGACUCACGAGGGUAUUGGAGAUCAUCGGAGACAGACGCUGUUCUUCUGUGGACACGAGCCACAGUGCACGCCCUUCAAUAGCGUGGAGGCGCUCCAACGAGCCAAGCGUGUUGUUGAACAACAGUAUGCUGUUGUCGGAGUGUUAGAAGACCUAAACUCCACGUUACUAGCCUUUGAGAGAUACAUACCCAGGUUCUUUACGGGCGCACUCAAAAUGUACUGGGAGGAGCUGAACACAUUCAACAGAAUAAAUAGGAACCACUUCAAACUACCCGUCGCGGAAGCCGUCAAGCAAAUCGUCCGAGCAAACUUCACCAGGGAAAUAGAAUUCUACGAGUUCUGCAAACAGAGACUACACUUACAACUGAAGGCGCUCAGAGACCCGACGAUAGUACUACCGACGAACAAACAGACGCAAUCAACACACUUAUAUAACAAUAUGGUUUAA